AUGACUUCAAAAGUGGAAACAGAGCCGGCGGCCUAUGCCACGACGAUUCUUCACUGUUUGAAGUAUCCGUCAAAAGGUGUUCUUGGCCUUUUGAUUGGUCAACGGAAAGGAGAUAAAUUUAUAGUGAGUCGAUAAGGUCCGAAAAAUCCAAAUUAUCAACUUUUUGGAUUCUUCCCAUUUUAUAAAUAUACACGAGAUCGCGUGCCAGAAUCGUAAGAGAAAGAUGAAAAAUUGAUAGCUUGAAAAUUUAUGUUCAUGCUUACAAAAAAUUCAAUUUAUUGAAAAAAUAAAUUAAAGGUGAAAGAAGCGGUACCAAUAACGCACGAAUCGACGCCCUUGGCCCCAACUUUGGAGCUCGCCACGACUUUUGUCCAUUCCAAAUACGGCAAUUCGCUGAUUGGUGUUUAUUUUGCCAACGAGUCUUGUCGGGAUCACAGGUUAAUUUUUUGCAUUGAAAUGAAUGAUUUUUGCUCUAAUUUUAUUAAUUUUUUUAAAAAUAAGGUUCUUGAAAAUUUUAAUUUUUUUGACAAAUUGCAACUUUUUAAAAAAUUAUUUUUCUGUGUAUGUAUGGGAAAAAUAGCUUUGAUUUUCGUAUUCUUAGUCCAAAAAUUGAUUUUUUUCGAAUCAUAUGAAGAGGAAAAAGUCUUGUAUGAGUUGAAAAAAAGGCUCUUCGCGCCGAUACUUUUUUUGAAAUUUUGGUUAUGCUCCUUUAAAUAAACCAAACAAGAUUUUGACCAAAAUAUCUCUUUUUUCUAACUUUAAUCGAUAAAAAUGGGAAACUCUCGAAAAAAAAAGCUGAAAAAGUGGUUCUCGCGUUAAGAAACAUCAUUAAAUUCUAAAAUUUUUGAAAAAAAUAAAUUCAUCGAUUUCUCCAGUCUGAAUCCCUACGCAACUCGCCUAGCCGACAAAAUUUCGUCUAUUUGCGGCACCGUCCCACUUCUCAUUCAGGUAUUUACCCUUUGAAAAAAAAAACCAAUUUGAUGACCCGGAAAAUUUUUCAAGGUCUUGAACGACAGGCUGAUGACAGAUUGCGAAGAGGAACGGCUAGAGGCCUACGAAAAGGACGGCGAUAACUGGAAGGCUAUCAAGUAAAUCGAUAAUUUUUGAUUUAUGCUGGAAAACUCGGACGGUUCUUAUUAAGGGCUAUUUUUGAAUAUUUGAAAAAAUUCUCGGUUCAAAGCUUCGAAAAAUCCAGAUUGCAUAUAGCUAAUUCACGGCUGGCUUGAGCCAUCGAAAAAUAGGUCUUGACACGAAAAUGGAAGAGAGAGAGAGAGAGAGAGUGUCUUUUUGGUGGAGAGCGCAGACAGGCCACGCCCCUUAGCGUCCCAAGCUAGCCGUGAAUCGGCCAUACAAAUCGGAUGAGUGGAACUUUCAAAAAGGUCAAAAUUUUCAAAUUCGCGCUUGAAAGGUCCGGAAAUGCGUCUCAAAAUAAAAUUAAUAUCUCUAGGUUCUCGAAAUUCCAAUUUUGCCCAUGUAGCAAAAUUAUUUCAAACGAAUAACGCGUCAAUUAUCGCCGAAAUUACUUUGAACACGGUGAAAUUCAAAAAAAAAGCAACCGAAUUCAAUGUUUCCUCAAUUUCCCGCCAAAUCUAAUAUUUUCAAUAUUCCAGGUCCGGAAAUGCGUCCUCAAGUACAAUUCGUGGACUUCAACAACUCAUCCAGGAAAAAUUGUACCGCGAACUGAACGAUUUCGAGAAUCAUCUCGACGCCCCCGAAAAUGACUUCUACAACACCGAACUCGUCAGCAAAAUUGUUCAAAUAGGCGAAUUGCGGGGAUGA